CUGCCUCUGUCUCCCUCCAGUCAAGCGAGACACACGCAGCGGAACCUCUUCCAGCGGGGAAGGUUUAAAUAAAUGAUCUUUCUCUCCCUCCCUCUUUUUAAAAAAUUGGUGUGUGUAGACGUGGUGACCUGCGAGAUCCGUUUCCCCUUCAAACAGUGUCGCUCUCCCAUUAAGGUUAAUGAGGGAGGGGAGAAGGAGGAGGAGGAAGAGGAGGAGGAGGAGGGACUGAAGACCCCCCCGCUUCCCGCCUGGUAGGAUCUCGGAGCACAAAUCGCCCAGCCCGGGGAGGGCGGCGUGCUUUGGGCCGGGGACGCUGGCAGGCGAGUCCGGAUUCGCCCGUGGCUGUCGUUAGGGCAGGGGGAGCGUCGGGGGCGCCUCCAUCCUUUCUCUCGCUGCCUCCCCUGGAUGGAGCUGCCUGGCUGAUGGUGGAGGAGGCGGCCCACUGGCGGCACGUUUGCACUUUGCAGGGACCCAGCGGCUCCUCCAGCCAUCGCCGCCGCCACCAGCAGCACCAUCAGGAGCGGGAACAGGAGCUGCUCGGCCGCGUCUCUCUGGCUUCUCCUCCGCGGAGCCGAGCUGCCUCACGCCGCCUCCCAGAAACUUUCUCCGGGCCCAGGAAGAGAGACCAGCCCGGCCUCGGGAGCCCCAAGUCGGCGCUGCCCUUCUGCUGCCGCCGGGAGAAGCCAGCCAUGGACCGGGAAGCGGCGGCAGCGGCGGUGGCGCGGAGCUGUCCGUGGUGCUGAAAUGUCCGCGCCGGGUCCGGGAGCCUGGCGGGGCUCCUCGGCGUCCCUCUGAUCGGAGGCGGCCGCCAAGGGGAGCCGAAGGGGCACCCUCUUUCUCUCUCUCUCGCUCUCUGCCUGCCUGCCUCCCUCCCCAUGUUGGAUUGGGACCUCUGGGGCUGAAACAGCCAUUCCCAUGUGGAUGCAGGAUGGACCCGCUCUGGAGGAUGGAUCAACUGCUUCUCUACAUCAAUGCAGCCCUCCUGGUUUAUUUCAGCUGUGCCGGCUUCUGUCUGGCGGAUGCAGACAGCCCCUCCGCUCCAGUCAAUGUCACAGUCAAGCUCCUGAAAGCCAACUCAGCUGUUGUGACCUGGGACGUCCUGGAAGAAGAGGUGGUCAUAGGAUUUGCCAUCUCCCAGCAGAAGAAGGAUGUCAGGAUGCUGCGCUUCAUCCAGGAGGUGAACACCACCACCCGCUCGUGCUCCCUCUGGGACCUGGAGGAGGACACCGAGUACAUUGUGCACGUCCAGUCCAUCAGCAUCCAGGGCCAGAGUCCAGCCAGCGAACCAGUCCACUUCAAGACCCCCAGGGAAGCGGAGAAACUGGCUUCCAAAAACAAAGAUGAGGUGACGAUGAAGGAGAUGGGAGAGAAAAACCAGCAGCUGCGAGCUGGGGAGAUCCUCAUCAUUGUUGUGGUCUUGUUCAUGUGGGCAGGGGUGAUCGCCCUGUUCUGCAGGCAGUACGACAUCAUCAAAGACAACGAACCAAAUAACAACAAGGAGAAAACCAAGAGCACCUCAGAAAACAGCACCCCCGAACACCAGAGCGGGGGCCUCCUGCGUAGCAAGUUUCCAAAAAACAAGCCCUCAGUGAAUAUCAUUGAAGCAUGACAGCCUGAUGGAUGGACUCCGUUUCUCCUUCUCUGUCUCUUUCCCUCCCUCCCUCCAAGAUUUGGCAACUGGGGAAGUGAAAGGUUUUCAGAGCUGUUUGGAAAGAGUUCUGUUCAGCUGCUGCAGACUGUAGCACAAGCCUUUCCUUCCAUACCCUGGAGGAAAAAACCCAACAAGCCCAUCUCCAUGUGGGAUAGAAAAGAAACUCGGUAAUGUACUGAGCUACAGCAUACUUUGAACUAGGCUGUGUCCCACACACCAACAAAUGGGCAUUUGCUGGUGGGGCUAGGAGGAGCGUCAUCUUUCACCUUGACCGUCUGUCUCUGUCUUGUCCUGAAACAUUCGUCUCUUGGGAAAUGCUCCAGCUCAUUCCUGGUUUGCUUUCUUCUUACCACAGCUCAGUUUUUCAGUAGGAAAUGCUAUCCUGGAUUCCAGACACGACUGCCUCCAUCUCUUCGUGACAACGCUGGAGAACGCUCUGUCCCCUCUGACCACAGACCAAACCAAUGACUUUGGCUAGAAAUCCCACGCAGACGUCUUGCCAUUUGUGCUUUAAGUAGAAACAACUGUUUGCAGGCAUUCAAUUUUGUGUCUUUAAUACAGUCUCUGGCAAUCUGGUGCCUACCAGCUAUUUUGGACUACAAGUCCCAUCAGUCCCAGCUAGCCAACAAAGUGAGCUGUCGUCCCAAACAGCUGGUGGGCAUUAGGUUAGCGAAGGCUGCUUUAAACAAAAAGACAAAGAAACCAGAAGCACACAUUUUUCCACCUGGACUCUCAGGACUCCGCUAGCUGCUUAUUAUAAGUUACUUUGAGCAGUUGUGAGUUUCUUAUUUCCCCCCAAGUUUUGGUGUAUAUUUAAUGUUGUUUCUCCAACUGGAUAACCAACAGAGAAUGCAAAAAACAAAAACAAAAAACCCCUAACCCCAAAUCUUCCAGUUCUGUAGAACAGCAAAGAGAUCUGACGACGACUAUAGACAAGAAUGGUGGAAACAUCUGGUGUUUUUCUCCCAGGGUGAGCCCCAUCUAGGCUGCAAACUUGUUUUGGUUUUAUUCCACUUUAUUGUCAUGGCUUUUCCAAAGAAUCCUGGGAAUACUAGUUUGGUGAGGAGCUGGAGAUUAUACAAAUUCAGAAGAACCUUGCUGAGCCAGGCCUGAGGUGUGGUCUUGGGAGUGGGGAACCUGUGGCCCUCUAGAUGCUACUGACUACAACUCCCACCAUCCCUGACAGAUGGCCAGGCUGGCUGCAGGGGCUGAUAGGAUCUGACAUCAGCCAACAGGUCCCAAGUCCCUGGGCUACCUAGUUGGGAAUUCACUCAGCCUGGAGCCAAUUAAGAAGCCCACAAGCAGGGCACAACUGUGGUGGUGGCCCUCCUCUCUUGCUGGCCCCUUGUAGCUAGUCCUGCCUGUGGACAUGGGGGAUUGAUUUUAUGCCUGCAAAGCUAAUCACCAGUGACAGCUUGGCCCCUCCAUGGAUUCCCCCAGUCCUUAACUAAGGGGAUGAAAGCUGGUGACCACCAUUAGCAGAUGCCUGGAGGGAAUUAUCCUCUGUGUGAAGAAGCCCUGCUUUCUUUCCCCUCUGCUAAAAUCACUGUCACUUUUAUUGGACGACCCUCUAGUUUUAGUGCAGGGAAUUAUCUGUUGCCGAUGCCAAGGCCCAUCAUCACCAAAAUUGAUAGAUGCCAACUACGAUUCCCAGGGGUUCCCUGGAAAGCAGGAAAUGGCUGUGAAACCUGUUGUAAUCUGCUCUUCGGAUCUGUGCUUAUCAAACCAUUUCUUCUUAGCCGGGUCUGAUGUAAUCCACCCACAGUGUGCCAAAGCAGCUACACUUCGAUCCUUGAAAACAAACAAACACACCAAUUUAAUUCGCAUUGUGCCAAGAUUGCUUGAUGCAAAGUCAAACACCUUUGUAUAGGGGAGCCUCGCACCAACAUGGGAUGGCUUCUCUGCAAGUCAUCCCAGCAACUUUGUCAGUGCAGGGGUGGAUUUGGGGCUCUCAAAUUUCAGUGGCACCCUGUGCAAUGCUGAAAUUUGGCACCCCCCACCUCUUGCACUCAUUUCUAUGGUACUGUUGUGGCAUCCCUUGAAGUGCAGUGUCCAGGGCGACUGCACUGCUUUUCAGUGCAUGAGAGGCCACGGAGGCCAAAGCCUCUCAGACAGGAGCUGAAAUUGGUUGGAGAGGGCAAAAACUCCAUGUAGAAACUCACUCCAACUGGCCAGCAAAAGCUCAAGGUGGUUCGUCCUCCUUUAUGGAUGCUGUUGGAUUUAGGGGGUGGGCUGUGGUUGUUUUUAAGGGGGCUGUAAAUUAUGAAUUUUGUCAUUACUUAGCAUCACUGCCUUAUUGUGUCUUAUCAACGAGACUUACUUUUUUUAAUCCCUUAAAAAUGUCUUCUACAAAAUCAAAAUGUGAGAAUCAUCAAUUUGGUUCACUUACUUGAACCUGACCUUUCCUUUCUCAGAGCAGUAUUUUGGCCUCACAACAACCCUGUGGGGUAGGUUAAGCUGUGACACACCCAAGGCCUCCAAGUAUCCUUCAUUGCUGAGCAAGGAUUUGAAUGUGAUAUGCACCAGGAAUAUGUGCAUGAUCAAUGCAUGUAGCAGGGGGAGCUAGACUAAAAAAACCAGGCACAGUUCUUGUGUGUAGGAAGCCAUACGUGUUCACCAACUGGAAUUUCAAAAAACUUGCCUCAUUUUGAGUUGGAGCUCUGACCCCAAACCCAUCUGGUGUGCUGUAGGGUAGUCAUCUCACCCACAGUAUAACAAGGGCAAGGCAUAUCGUAGAUUCUCUUUUCCAUUAUUUCUUUCUUGCCCCUAGGGUUAAUCAAAUUGCCAGAUUCCUGCCUUGGUCUUUCCGGACAGAAAGGUGGGAGAAGUGGUGGACAAUUUUCGGCAAUUAAUAAGUUUUUCAUGGCUGAAAGUGGACAGAUCUGUGCAUGUGGCAAUGCUGUGGAAGGUGAUAAGGGAGGAGGAGGAGGAAGAUUCCCCUGUUGUGCUUCAGGAUUAAGCCCUCUGCAUGUUGUUCCAGAUAGGGAUGCGGGUGGCGCUGUGGGUAAAAGCCUCAGCGCCUAGGGCUUGUCGAUUGAAAGGUCGGCGGUUCGAAUCCCCGCGGCGGGG